GGUUCACUCUCUAGUAAGCAGUACGCAGUUGAGGUUGCUGAAGAUUGACUGAUCGAGUCAACAUGUACAUCGUACUCAUCUUGUCCCUAGCCGGCCUGGCAGCAGCUAACCUUUGCCCUAUCUAUAUGCAUCCAAAGGGUGGGGUUAAAGGUCAAUAUAUCAUCUCCCUUACGGGCAAUGGUUAUGGAGUGGAUGACUUUCUAGCCAACAUGGCUUCCGUCGGCAUUACUGAGAAGAAAAAAUACCGUGGUGCGGCCUUCAAUGGAUUUGUUGCAGACCUGAACGAUAAACAGCUGGAACAAAUUCGAGAGCAGCCAGACGUUGCUUUUGUUGAGGAGGAUUCCAUGGUCCAAGCCAAGUGGGUUGCGUCUUGGGGUCUGGACCGGGUGGAUCAGAGGGAGCUACCCCUGGAUGGAAAAAGUUCUUUCCAAGGAACUGGACAGGGUGUCUAUGCAUUCAUCAUUGAUACAGGAAUAUAUCCCAACAACAAAUUCUUCUCGGACCGUGCCUUGAUCGCAUAUGAUGCCGUCAAAGACAAAUAUGAGGGCUUGGAUUGCAAUGGACAUGGUACGCAUUGUGCUGGUACCAUCGGGGGUGAGGUGUUUGGUAUUGCCAAACAGGCGACCCUGUUUGGUGUAAAGGUUCUAAACUGUGGAGGGGCUGGAUUCACAUCAGAUGUCAUUGAUGGAAUGGACUUUGUCGCAGCUCAGACCGAUCAGCGGCCAGCCGUGGCCUCCAUGUCCCUAGGAGGUGGGGGAUCUACUGCCAUGGAUGAAGCGGUCAAGAGACUGGUUGACGCAGAUGUGACUGUGUCUGUUGCUGCUGGUAACGAGUAUGGCGAUGCAUGCAAUGGGUCACCAGCAAGAUCAAAAGAGGCCAUCACUGUCGGAGCUACGGACAUCGAAGACGAGAGAGCAGCGUUCUCAAACUACGGUUCCUGCGUAGACAUCUUUGCCCCCGGUGUUGACAUCCCUAGUUUGUGGCUUGGCGAUUAUGACGUUAACAUAAUCAGUGGUACAUCCAUGGCUUGUCCACACGUUACUGGUGGAGCAGUGUUAGCCGUCGGCAAUGAACCCAAGCUGAAAUCCACUGAUGUGAAAGCCAAGGUACUGAAAAACGCAACCCCAGGAGUCGUCAAGAAUCCUGGCCCAGAUUCGCCCAAUCUCAUGCUUUAUAUUCCCUGAAGAAAAAAAACGGGUCCAUCGCUGACAUCUUCCAACUUCCACAGGAAGGUACAGCUUUAAAUUUAAAGGCAGUGGACACUAUUGGUAAUUGUCAAAGACUAGCCUUCAUAG